AUGACAACACCAUCAGAAAUAUUUCUUUGUCCAAUUACUCAUGAACUUAUGGUAGAUCCAGUUAUUGAUCCAAAUGGUAAUAGUUACGAACGACAUGCUUAUAUAUUAUAUCGAAGAAUAUGGACGGUUGCUGCAGUUUUUUCUCGAUUUCUUUCAACAUACAAUUUGGAUUUUUCUGCUCAAAUAAGUGGUCUCUGCAAAGUUCGUCAUUUUAUAUUCUUCAGUUUUUCAAGUGUCUCAGUCUGGAUGAUGGCUCUGGCUACUUUUGAUCGAUUUCUAAUCAGUAGUCCAUUGGUUAAAUAUCGGCAAUUCAGUUCUUUUCGCAAUGCUUAUCGAAUGAUCGGAAUUAUCAUGCUUAUCUUAUGUGUCAACUAUGCGAAUCUAUUUUAUUGUGCCAAUAUCAAAGGAAAACCUCCAUCAUCAUCAUGCACGUCGAUCACGUCACAAGCAUGUGGUUUCUACAACGAAUUAUCUCGAAUAAUGACGGUUGCAAUCAUUCCUGGAUUGAUAAUAUUUAUAUUUGGUCUCGGUACUAUUCGACAUUUGAAGAAACUUCGAACUGCUGUUGGAACAACAACAACAGAUCGGACGCAAUCACAAUUUCGAAUGCGAAAAACAGAUCGAGAACUCAUGCGGAUGUUAAUAGGACAGAUAGUUCUAAUUUUCAUCUCGUGGAUUCCUCAUGCUGCAGAACGCAUCUAUGUUGUCAUCACUUUGAACGAAGUUAAAACUCCACUUCGAACAACUCAAGACAAUUUAUGGGAUCAAAUAAUGUGGAUCGAAACAACCUUUGAUAGUUCACUGUCGUUCUAUGUUUAUCUGUUCACAGGUGGAAUUCUUUUUCGACAGACACUCCGAAAAAUGUUUCGAUGUGCAACAACGACAUCCAGAACAACAGCACUCAACGACAUGUCACUUACGCAAGCUCAAACAAUAAAUUGA